UCUCUAUCGAUGCACGAUUUUUCUCUUAUUAUUAUUAUUUAUCCAAUCUUUAAAAAUUUGAUUUAACUCACCAGAAAACCUCAGGCCUUUUCACCGGAAUCAUUUCAAUGAACAAGAAUUUGCUCUGAAACAAAUUGAAAAAAAUUUGAACCUUUUUUGGGCUUUGAAAAUUGUGAGUUUUUGGGCUUUAGAAGAAAAGCAGAAUGGGCUGUGCUGGAUCGACGCCGGCCAAAGGAGACGUGAAUGUGAAAAAGAUCCGGAAGCCUAAACCCUGGAAACAUCCUCAGCCGAUAACAAAGUCUCAACUUGUGCAGAUGCGUGAAGAGUUUUGGGACACUGCUCCUCAUUAUGGUGGCAGGAAAGAGAUCUGGGAUGCACUUCGAGCUGCUGGUGAAGCUGAUCUAACCCUUGCUCAAGCUAUCGUGGACAGUGCAGGGAUCAUAGUGCAAAAUGCUGAUUUAACUGUCUGCUAUGAUGAAAGAGGUGCCAAGUAUGAACUACCAAAGUAUGUUUUGAGUGAGCCAACCAACUUGAUCCGAGAAAGUGGAAAAUAGAGAGAAUGCUGAGUGCAAUGUAUGCAAGGUUGAAUGUAAAUCAUGUAUAUUAUUCUCUCAAUCUUCUUUGAAAUCCUUUAUAAACUCUGCGCCACUUUUGUGCCUUCUUAACUUGUGACUUUCAACGUUUACUAGGUUGCUCUAAGUUUCUCUGAUGAAAUGAUCAAGGGCAUAAACAUUGGUUU